UUCUGCUCUUUGUGUGGGGUGGAUUAGCACUGGGUAGGUACUGGGCGAAACUAGAGCAUCAAUCGGCACAGAAGACGAGGGGGGGAAAAAAAAGAUCAGCAAACGUUGGACCGCCGUCGCAGACCGCGACACCGUCCGCUCGUCUUCGUGUAUCGCCGGACGGACAUGCAAUUUACAGACUGGGGUGUUGUGUGAGUGACACCUUGUUACCAUGACGACCCACGUGACCCUGGAGGAUGCUCUGUCCAAUGUGGACCUGCUGGAGGAGCUACCCCUCCCUGACCAGCAGCCAUGCAUCGAACCCCCUCCCUCCUCUAUCAUGUACCAGGCUAAUUUUGACACCAACUUUGAAGACAGGAAUGCAUUUGUGACUGGCAUCGCCCGUUAUAUAGAGCAAGCUACAGUCCACUCCAGCAUGAAUGAGAUGCUGGAGGAAGGACAUGAGUAUGCUGUGAUGCUUUACACUUGGAGAAGCUGCUCCAGAGCCAUUCCCCAGGUGAAAUGCAAUGAGCAGCCCAACAGAGUGGAGAUCUAUGAGAAAACGGUGGAGGUGUUAGAACCAGAAGUGACCAAGCUCAUGAAGUUCAUGUACUUCCAGCGGAAAGCCAUAGAACGUUUCUGUAGUGAAGUGAAGCGUCUGUGUCACGCUGAGAGAAGGAAGGACUUUGUGUCUGAGGCAUACCUGCUCACUCUGGGCAAAUUUAUUAACAUGUUUGCAGUGCUGGACGAGCUGAAGAACAUGAAGUGUAGCGUUAAGAAUGAUCACUCUGCCUACAAAAGGGCAGCUCAGUUCUUGAGGAAGAUGGCCGACCCUCAGUCCAUCCAGGAGUCCCAGAACCUCUCUAUGUUUUUAGCCAAUCACAACAGGAUCACUCAGUGCCUGCACCAACAGUUAGAGGUGAUUCCAGGCUACGAGGAACUUUUGGCAGACAUUGUCAACAUCUGUGUAGACUAUUAUGAGAACAAGAUGUAUUUGACACCCAGUGAGAAACACAUGCUGCUUAAGGUGAUGGGCUUUGGUCUGUACCUGAUGGAUGGGAACGUGAGUAAUAUCUACAAACUAGAUGCCAAAAAGAGGAUCAACCUGAGCAAGAUAGACAAGUUCUUCAAACUUCAAGUCGUGCCGCUCUUCGGAGACAUGCAGAUAGAGUUGUCGCGCUACAUCGAGACAAGUGCUCACUACGAAGAAAACAAGUCCAAGUGGACGUGCACCCAGAGCAGCAUCUCGCCGCAGUACAACCUGUGUGAGCAGAUGGUGCAGAUCAGGGAGGACCACAUCCGUUUCAUCUCGGAGCUGGCGCGCUACAGCAACAGCGAGGUGGUGACGGGCUCGGGCCUGGACAGCCAGAAGUCCGACGAGGAGUAUCGAGAGCUGUUCGACCUCGCUCUGAGGGGUCUGCAGCUGCUGUCCAAGUGGAGCACGCACGUCAUGGAAGUUUACUCGUGGAAGCUGGUGCAUCCCACAGAUAAAUUCUGUAACAAGGACUGCCCAGGCACAGCGGAGGAGUAUGAACGGGCCACGCGUUACAAUUACACCAGUGAGGAGAAAUUUGCCCUGGUGGAAGUCAUUGCCAUGAUUAAGGGGCUGCAGGUUCUGAUGGGCCGAAUGGAGUCGGUGUUUAACCAGGCUAUCAGGAAUACCAUCUACGCAGCGCUGCAGGACUUUGCCCAGAUGACCCUUCGAGAGCCUCUGCGCCAGGCUGUACGCAAAAAGAAGAACGUCCUCAUCAGCGUUCUUCAGGCCAUUCGAAAGACCGUCUGUGACUGGGAAGGGGCGAGGGAACCUCCAAAUGACCCCUGUCUGAGGGGAGAGAAGGACCCAAAAGGGGGUUUUGAUAUUAAAGUGCCCCGCAGGGCUGUAGGACCCUCCAGCACACAGCUGUACAUGGUGCGCACCAUGCUGGAAUCACUGAUAGCAGAUAAGAGUGGCUCUAAGAAGACUCUACGCAGCAGUCUGGAUGGACCCAUAGUGGUGGCCAUAGAAGACUUCCACAAACAAUCCUUCUUCUUCACGCACCUGCUCAACUUCAGUGAGGCCCUGCAGCAGUGCUGUGACCUCUCCCAACUGUGGUUCAGAGAGUUCUUCCUGGAGCUGACGAUGGGCCGCAGGAUCCAGUUCCCCAUUGAGAUGUCUAUGCCCUGGAUCCUCACCGACCACAUCCUGGAAACCAAGGAGCCCUCCAUGAUGGAAUAUGUGCUGUAUCCUCUAGACUUGUAUAAUGACAGCGGCUACUAUGCUCUCACAAAGUUCAAGAAACAGUUCCUCUAUGAUGAAAUCGAGGCAGAGGUAAACCUCUGCUUUGACCAGUUUGUCUACAAGUUAGCCGAUCAGAUAUUUGCCUACUACAAAGCAAUGGCUGGAAGUGUCCUCCUAGACAAGCGCUUCAGGGCGGAGUGUAAAAACUAUGGCGUGAUCAUCCCUUACCCUCCAUCAAACCGCUACGAGACGCUGCUCAAACAGAGACACGUACAGCUGCUGGGUCGCUCUAUUGACCUGAACCGCCUGAUCACCCAGAGGAUCUCGGCAGCGAUGUACAAGUCCCUGGACCACGCCAUCAGCCGCUUCGAGAGCGAGGACCUCACUUCCAUAGUGGAGCUGGAGUGGCUGCUGGAAAUCAACAGACUCACCCACCGGCUCCUGUCCAAGCACAUGACCCUGGACAGCUUCGACGCCAUGUUCCGUGAGGCCAACCACAACGUGUCGGCUCCCUACGGGCGAAUCACGCUCCACGUCUUCUGGGAGCUCAACUUCGAUUUCCUCCCCAACUACUGCUACAAUGGAUCCACAAACCGCUUUGUACGCACAGCCAUCCCCUUCACCCAGGAGCCUCAAAGAGACAAGCCAGCCAACGUGCAGCCUUACUACCUGUAUGGGUCCAAGCCCCUGAACAUUGCCUACUCCCACAUCUACAGCUCCUACAGAAACUUUGUUGGCCCGCCCCACUUCAAGACCAUCUGCCGUCUCCUUGGUUACCAAGGCAUUGCUGUGGUGAUGGAGGAGCUGCUUAAGAUUGUCAAGAGCCUGUUACAGGGCACCAUACUGCAGUACGUAAAAACACUGAUAGAAGUCAUGCCCAAGAUCUGCCGCCUACCGCGCCAUGAGUAUGGCUCCCCAGGUAUUCUGGAGUUCUUUCACCAUCAGCUCAAAGAUAUCAUUGAGUAUGCUGAGCUGAAGACAGAUGUCUUCCAGAGCUUAAGGGAGGUGGGAAAUGCCAUCCUCUUCUGCCUGCUCAUUGAGCAAGCUCUGUCGCAGGAGGAAGUGUGUGACCUGCUUCAUGCCGCCCCUUUCCAGAACAUUCUGCCCAGAGUCUACAUUAAAGAGGGAGAGCGUCUGGAGGUGAGGAUGAAAAGGCUGGAGGCAAAGUACGCCCCUCUCCACCUUGUACCUCUAAUUGAGAGGUUGGGAACCCCACAGCAAAUUGCCAUUGCCCGUGAGGGGGACCUGCUGACCAAAGAGCGUCUUUGCUGCGGCCUUUCCAUGUUCGAAGUCAUCCUGACGCGCAUCCGCAGUUUCCUGCAGGACGGGGUGUGGCGCGGGCCCCCGCCCACCAACGGUGUGAUGCAUGUUGACGAGUGUAUGGAGUUCCACCGCCUGUGGAGUGCCAUGCAGUUUGUCUACUGCAUCCCUGUGGGCACACACGAGUUCACAGCAGAGCAGUGCUUUGGGGAUGGGCUGAACUGGGCCGGCUGUGCCAUCAUUGUGCUGCUGGGACAGCAGCGUCGCUUUGACCUCUUUGACUUCUGCUACCAUCUGCUCAAAGUCCAAAGACAGGACGGCAAGGAUGAGAUCAUCAAAAAUGUGCCCCUGAAGAAGAUGGCAGACCGCAUUAGGAAGUACCAGAUUCUCAACAAUGAGAUCUUUGCCAUCCUCAACAAGUACAUGAAGGCAGUGGAGACGGACAGUUCCACUGUGGAGCACGUUCGCUGUUUCCAGCCUCCUAUACACCAAUCCCUGGCUACCACCUGUUGA